AUGGGCACUGGAUCUGAGGCCGAUGCCGAAGAGGCGCUAGCUGAAGCCAUGCCUGCUCUCGAAGCUGCAAGAAAAGCCCUAGACGAGUUGGACAAAAAUGAUGUCACAGAGAUUCGGGCUUUCGCAACUCCACCAGGACCCGUAAGUCAAAUUACAAUGGUCAUCUUAGCUAGUUUGACCGUCUGGAUAUAUGUCCUGGAUAAUCUUCCUCCUCUGGUAUGGGGAACAUUAAGGUGA